AUGAUCUUUUCGGCUGUAUUUGAUAGGGAUCCGGCUUAUACCCACAUACUUAAUAGCUUGGGAAUCCUUGUUGCCUUAACGCUGAGCUUCCUCACUUCCAAGUCCAAUCGUCCCACCUGGUUCAAGAUAUACGUUGUCAUUACAAAUCUACUGACUGCGGGGCAGACGGUUACUCAUACAAUGCAGGCAUUUGAGUGUAUUGAUUCUAUUCCUCCUCGAGCCGAGGUGAGAUCUCUUUACUGUGCGAUGCUGGAGAAUCUACCAGCAACGCAUAUUGAUGACCGUUCCGUUGUUGGUAUUGUGGAUGACUCGCUAGUUUCUGCAAUCAUGAUUGGCACCUUUCUUUUAAAAGCACUUGCUCAUCCGCCUACAGGACCGGCACUUGAUAUCUACUUCUCGAAUGUCGUAUGGUCAUUCAGUUCCCUGGCGUUUGACGCUAUUACCACCCUCAGCACUAUAUUUUAUUUUUACCGAAUUCGUAAAGAUCUAAACGCAAAUCAAGGCGCUCUGUUCGUUGUUUGGCAGGUUCUAUGGGCCUCAGCAGCCCCUCCCUUGAUACUGAUCUUCAUCAAUAUUAUCGACACUUAUGCGGUUUCGGGUGGGGGAGGACUAAUUGGAGUUAUCGCAACGGCCAUGAUGGGUAAGGGUAAUGUCAGUCAUUUACCUGAGCAAUCUGGGCUUAUUCGAGCGAUAGGAAAGUCUUGGUUUUAUCACUCAUGGUCAAUGUUGUCGGACGGACGCUACUUUCACAGACAAAGUCGCAUUCGUCAGCAAUUUGAACGACGCUGGGCUACCCCUACGCCCGGUAAAUCAUGGAUGCAAAAGCGACCCAAUCAAACUGGUGAAGCUACCGAUUGGCCGACGAUCCAUGUAACUGUACAUGCUGAAACAAUCGAACUCGCGACCAUACGAAACUGGCGUCAAGUAAUGCCGAGCAUGAAAAGUCUAUCAAGAGCAACCGGGGGUAUCUAUCUCACGACUAUGGCUAGCCUAAAAUGUGACAAAUGGAAGCUUGCCAUCCUGUGCCUAAUAAAUAAUUACUGA